AUGGGUGUGGUUGCCGUGAUGGAAUUUUACGUGUCAUUCGUACUUUUCUUCAGUCGGGAGGCCGAAAGAUUGACCAUUCAAAGAGCUACGGGCUCGACAAAGAAAGAAGUUCAGCAAAAAGUCGUUAACUUUGCAUACCUACCCUUGGUGAUAUCUGCAGCCUUAUGUACACUUGGGUACUACGGCGUGAAAGAUAGCUCAGUUCUACAGACUGGCUUUUUGUUACCUCUUCGGCCAAUUGCGUUCUUGCUUCUUUUUGUGCUGAUUGUCUCGGAAUUGGCGAUCGAGCCGUUGUACGCAUUGAAUCAAUAUGAACUCAACUUCAAGGUGCGCUCUACCAUUGAAAGUACAGCUGUUUUCGUCAAAUGCCUAGUUACAUUCAUUGGGGUGAGGUUGGUCAAAUACUAUAGCACUAAGAAUAGCAGUGGAUGGGCAGUCCUUUCAUUCGUUGCAGGCCAAUUGGGCUAUGCCUUGGUGAAUGUGGUGGGUUACUUGUACCACUUCAAAUUUCGCAUUCCAAAAGUCACUAAGAUCCAAAAAAAGGAGAACCCCUUCUUCUUUGAUCCGGUCCUCAAAAAGCUCUACUUCACGCUUUCUUUCCAGAUGUUGUUCAAGCUUAUUCUCACCGAGGGCGACAAAAUCAUGAUGGGGUAUCUCUUUGACGUUUCUCAACAAGGAACCUAUGCUGUUAUCACGAACUACGGCUCAAUAAUUGCACGGCUCAUCUUCUUACCGGUAGAGGAGAUGCUCAGGAACCUGUUCACAAGGGUCUUUGCAGCAGAGAAGCCUGAUGCAAGGCCUGCCUAUGCCACCAUGGGAAACCUAUUGACGUUCUACGUCUACUUUAGCAUUAUUCUUGUCCUUGGCGGAUAUUUCAAUGGAAGCUUCCUUCUCAGCUUCUUGCUUGGUCGCAGCGCCGCAUGGAGAGAUUCAGACUUGUUCAGCUUGUUCCCAAGGUACAUCCUCUACCUUCCAUUCAUGGCAUUCAAUGGAAUCUUGGAAGCAUUCCAAACAAGCAUUCUCAGACAAAGUCAGAUAACAAAGUAUUCGUACUUUAUGUUUUUCCUGACCAUCAUUUCAUCUAUUGUCCUGGUGCUCUUGGUACGGGAAAAACAAUUCGGCCUCACCGGGCUCAUUCUCGCUAACAUCACCUCCAUGACACUUCGAAUUGCAUAUUGCCUGAAAUCAUACAUUGGCUUUGCCAAAAAGCAAGGAAUUCACUUGCACGAGAUCAACAUUGUUCGGAGAACCGGUUGGUCCGUAGUAUACUCGAUAUUUGCAUACUUUUUGCAAGUUCAAAUCAUCGGUUCCAAAAGCACCUCAUUCAAGCAUUUCAUCAUCAGCGGAACAAUUUGUUUUUCGUGCCUUGUCGUUUUCGUACUCAGCGAACGGAAAUUAAUUGAGGGUCAGCUUCUUGCAAAGAUGAGACGUAACCGGGGCAUGAAAACCAAAGAGCAUUAA